AUGGUUAAGAAGUCUAAUAAAAAAGAGCAAAAGCUUAAGAGUGAGUAGGAUGAUUUAGGAUUAUUCUUCACAUUUAAAAAUAAAAUUUUGAACUAUCUUGGCUUUGACAAUAUAUUCAACAAUGAUGAAUUAUACUCUAAUGCACUCAAUGACAAAGGACACGAUUUUUAUUAAAAAAAUGAAAUUACAAAAGCAAGAGAAUAUUUCAUAAAAGCUAUCAAAAGAAAUAAAAAUAACAAAUAUGCUUUGACUAAUUUAGCAAUUAUUUACAGUAAUUAAAAUAAUUUUGAAUAAGCUAUUUCAUUUUUGAAGAAAGCAAUCUCAGUUAAUAAAAAUUACUUAAGAGCUUAUGAAAAGUUAGGUUUAAUAUAUUUUGACUAGAAAAAUUUCUAAUAAGCUAUUAAAUAUUUUAAAAUGGGUGUAAAUAUAAACCCAAAUUAUCAAUACAUGUAAUAUAAUUUAGCAAUUGCUUAUAAGAAUAAUAAAUAAAUUCAAUUAGCAAUCAAACAUUUUGAAGUAUCAUUAGAAAUAGAUGAAUAAAAUAGAUAUGCUUAUUAUAAUUUAGGAUUAAUAUAUUCUGACUAAAAACUGAUAGAUAAUGCAAUUAAGUACUUUUAAUAAGCAAUAAAAAUCUAUCCAAAUUAUAGUGAUGCUCAUUUUGAAUUAGGGUUAAAUUACUAAAAGUUAUAAUUUUUUGAUUUAGCAGUUGAAUGCUUUAAAAAAGUUAUUGAAAUUAAUCCUAAUUAAAUAAGGCCUUACUUUAUUCUUUUUGAAAUAUAUUUCAACUAGAAAAACUUGGCUUAAUCUUUCAAAUUUUAUGAAAGAGCAAAGAAUAUCAAUCCAUGUUAUACUUAUGAUUACAUAGGAUGCAUGUUCUAUAAUAAAAGAUAUUACAGUCAAUCUAUUUAAUGGUUCAAAAAAGCUUUAGAAAUAGAUAAGAAUUCAUUAAAUAUUAUAAUUACUUUGGCAGAUGCAUACUAUUAUAAUAAUUAAAGAUAAUUAGCCGAUGAAUUCUUAAAUUCAGUCUUAAAAAAUCAUUCAGAAAUGGGAUAUGAGUUUUAGAGUAAAAUUUAUCUUAGAUUAAAACAGUUUGAUAAAGCAAUCAAUUGUUUAAAUAAAUUACUUAAGAUUGAAACAAGUAAAUAAAAAAGAUAUAAGUAUUACUGCAAACUUGGAGAAAUAUAUUAAAAUAAAAAAUAUAAUUAUAAUAUGGCAAUAAGAUGCUAUUAAAAUGCUCUAUAGUAUUGGUCUUUCUAUGGAAAUUAUGAUGAUGGUUUAUAUUAACAAUUAGCUAAUGCAUAUUUCCAUGACUUGUAAUAUGAACAAGCUAUAGAUUCAUACUAAAAGUAAAUAAUAAUUAAUGAGGAUAAAAAGUUUCUUCAUUACAAUAUGGGAGAAGUAUACUUAAUCCAAGCAUAGAAUUCUUUUUAUUAAGAUCCAAAAAGUAAGCUAUAAAAAAAAAAAUACUUAUCUCAAUCAAUAGAAUGCUUUAAAAGAGAAAUAAAAAAAUAUUAAGACAACCAAUAUUCUCAUGAUAGUUUAUGUAAAGCGUAUGAAAAAAAAAAAUGA